UAAAAUAUGAAAUUAAUUAAGUGUUUGGAAUUUUAGAUAAGUUUUGCUGGUAAUCUUGGUGUAAAGUAGAACUAUUUCUGUAUUUGUGUUAUCACUAUACAAACUAUACUUAAUGAUUUUGUUUAAAAACUGCAUUGGUUAAAUAGUUUACAGUAUUAAAUUGUAAUGAGUGAUUUUGUUUUCUGACUAAAAUAUGAAAUCAAAUUAUAAGAUAUACACUCAUCAGAGAGGACCAAGUGAUACUGCAGUAUUUAAAGAACUUACAAAACGAGAUGCUCAAAUUCAAUUACAACAAGAAUUGGAUAAAUUACUACUUACUGUACCAGCAUAUGAAAGAGAGCAUAUUGAUUCAGAAUUUAAGGGAUUUCAGCGAUUAUUUCAAAAAUUUCUUCAAGGUGUUGGGCCAUCUGUCCAGUGGAAUAAAAUUCAACCAUUACCUGAAACAGCCAUAUGUGCCUAUAGUGAUCUUGCUAUUCCAGAAACAAGCCACAUAAGAGAAAUGUUAAAUAAAUUAGUUGUUAUUAAAUUAAAUGGUGGACUUGGUACGAGCAUGGGAUGUACUGGGCCUAAAUCUACUAUACCUGUUCGAAAUGAUUUAACAUUCUUAGAUCUUACAGUUCAACAAAUAGAGUGCUUAAACAAGCACUACGAUGCUGACGUGCCUCUUGUUUUGAUGAAUUCAUUUAACACAGACGAAGACACACAAAAAGUGUUAAGAAAAUAUAGAGGAUUUAGGAUUAAAAUAUAUACUUUUAAUCAAAGCAGAUACCCUAGAAUUAACAGAGAGAGCCUUUUACCGAUGGCCAAUUCAAUCUCGGAAGUUGAUCCUGAAGUAUGGUAUCCUCCUGGUCAUGGGGAUUUUUACGAAUCAUUUUAUAAAUCUGGAUUGUUACAGAAGUUCAUUGAUAUGGGAAGAGAGUAUUGUUUUGUAUCAAAUAUUGAUAAUCUUGGAGCAACAGUUGAUUUAAAUAUACUGAACUUUUUAAUUAAUCACAAAAGAGGAGUAGCUCCUGAAUUUGUUAUGGAAGUAACUGAUAAAACAAAUGCAGAUGUGAAAGGAGGGACUUUGAUUCAGUACGAAGGAAAAUUGAGAUUGUUAGAAAUUGCUCAACUUCCAACCGAACACGUUGAUGACUUUAAAAGUGUAAAGAAAUUUAAAAUUUUCAACACUAAUAAUCUAUGGAUGAGGCUACAAAGUAUCUCAAAGUUAGUUCAAGAAGGUGGUCUUGAUAUGGAAAUAAUCGUAAAUAACAAACAUUUAGAUUACGGUGUAAAUGUCAUUCAGUUAGAAACUGCCGUUGGUGACGCCAUGAAAGAUUUUGAAGGAGCAAUCGGUGUUAAUGUACCGCGCAGCAGAUUUCUUCCUGUCAAGAAGACAUCUGAUCUAUUGUUAGUCAUGAGCAAUUUAUAUCACAUGAAGAAUGGAACUCUCUCUAUGAAUCCCGCCAGACCGUUUCCUUCCGUUCCUUUGGUAAAACUGGGAGACAUUCAUUUUGCUAAGGUAAGAGAUUAUCUUCAAAGAUUUGCAAGCAUUCCUGAUAUGCUGGAACUAGAUCACCUGACCGUUUCGGGCGACGUCACCUUUGGAAAAGGUGUCUCGCUGAAGGGGACAGUCAUCAUCAUUGCAAAUCACGGAGAUAGAAUAGACAUUCCUCCCGGUGCCAUUCUGGAAAACAAAAUUGUCUCGGGAAAUCUAAGAAUUUUGGAUCAUUGAAAAUUUUAUUGGGUUUGCUCAUAAGCUUUGUAUUAUAACCACUGCAACAUUCUACUAACCAAAUUUUUCUAAUGCUGUGAUAUUUUCAUAAAGCAAAAAUGCAUUCUGAGUUUUAUGCUAAGUUUCAGCUUACAUAUUGGAAAUCACACCAUACAUAUGUUGAGAGCUGCUUUGAAAAUAGAUUUCUUAUGUCAAUGAAACACAAACGUUGUGACCAAAAACAUUUGUAUAUUAGAGUGCAAAUGGUGUGAUUUAUUAUAAUAGCAUAAAAUUUACAACAGUAAUUUUCUUUUAUAUUAAUUAACAAAAUCUUAUGUAAAGUUUAAUUUUUACUAAAAGCAUUCUUAUUUUUGAUUGAGGGACCAAUUUAAAAAUAUCAAAUAGUGCUAUAAAGUGCCUUAAUAGAACAGGAACAAUGGACUAAUAAAUCAAAUAUUUGUAAUUGUACAUUUUGUUGAGUAAACACUCUAACAAAAUAGGUGUCUACUGAACCUUAAGUUUGUAUGCUUAUAUGCAUUUUUUUCAAUAAAUGAGAUUUUAAUUUUGGAUCAAAUGGGGCAUCACAUUGAUCAUUACACAUGAAUUCAGCUUAUUUCCAAUGAGGUUUUCUCCAGUUAUAACUGGAGAAAACCUCAUUGGAAAUAUGUAAUAAACUUCUCUAUGAAUUUUGCUUAUAGAGGAUAACUUAUUUAUAUAGCAACAUUCCAUGUCUUUCAGCCAGUUUAUUAAAGAGUAGCAGUCUCCAUUUCUCUUACAAUAAUUUCUGUCCCUUCCAAAGCUAUUUACUUAUCUGGUAAUGAUAUUUAUUCCUCACAAAA